CCGGCAGCUGUCUCUGUCUCUAGUCUGGCGAUCAUUGUUGCAACUUGCAAGCCUUUUUCUUCUUCCCUCUCGACUCUCCAUUUCUCUUCUCUUCGAGUGUCUCUCUCCGUCUCUAUGGUGGGUCGUUACAUUUAUACCAAAGCUGCCGUCCUCUCGUCGGCUCCCCAGUCCCCUCCCUCCACAAACAUUUUCUUUUUUUCAGCUUGACAUUUCCGCAAACAUUUCGUCUGCACGGUACAAAAACUCCAGCUCUACUAAGUUCACACUCUCGUACCACUUCCCUUUCCCUUUCCCCACCUUCUACCCUCUCCUUUUUUCUCUCCGCCAUGGAUUCCUUCUUGUCAUCUCUCGCCGCCUGAUGCCCGAUUGCGGGGGAGAGGGUGGGUGUUUGCGUUUGGUCGAGAGCAGUAGUUCGACUUGAUGGGCUGCUACCAUUAAAUGCCUGCUGCAAGUGAAUUGGACUUGUGGCGGCCAAACGCAGCCUCCACUACUACUACUACCGCUACAAAUCCCACUACCCAUUUUCUAUUUAUGGCGUCCACGAGUUCAACGCCCACUGACCCUUCCUCGUCGCUACCCGAGGACGCGGCGGCGAAAGCUGCGAGCAGAAGGUACGAAGGCUUGGUUGGGAUUCGGAGCAAGGCGGUAAAGGGGAAAGGGGCGUGGUAUUGGGCUCAUUUGGAGCCGGUUUUGAUAAGAAACCUAGACACCAAUCUCCCUAGAGCAGUCAAGCUCAAGUGCUCGCUCUGCGACUCCUUUUUCUCUGCUUCCAACCCUUCUAGGACCGCCUCCGAGCAUCUCAAGCGAGGCACUUGCCCGAAUUUCGCCUCGUUCCUGAGACCUAAUCCCGCCGCGGUUCCGGUUUCGCCUCAGCCCAUAUCGUCGUUGCCUUCUCCUUCAUCAACGCAUAAUCAUCGGAAGCGCCCCUCUCUUUUGGCGACUCCGCUGAAUUCCGUUGCUUUGGUAGACUCCACUCGGUACGGCGACGAUGGUGGCGGUUAUUCGAAUGUGGGGUUGAGCCAGCCGAAGCAGCAAUUGGUUUUAUCCGGCGGGAAAGAUGAUUUGGGUCCGCUGGCAAUGUUGGAAGAUAGCGUUAAGAAGCUGAAAAGUCCCAAGUCGUCGUCUUUUUCUUCGUUGAGUAAAGAACAGAUUGAUUCUGCUCUUGAAUUGUUGACCAGCUGGUUCUACGAGGUUUGCGGGUCAGUUUCGGUUUCAAGCAUCGAGCAUCCGAAGUUUCGGGCAUUUCUCCAUCAAGUUGGCUUGCCCCUUUUGUCAGGGAAAGACCUGUGUGGGCCCAGGCUUGACGACAAGUUUCUGAAGGCCAAGGCUGAAACGGAAGCUAGAAUUAAAGAUGCUAUGUUCUUUCAGGUUGCGUGCAAUGGGUGGAAGACCAAAAGUUGCUGUAACGGGGAAGAAAACUAUGUUAAGUUUAGCCUCAAUCUCCCAAACGGUACGACUUUGUAUCAGAAGACAUUUCUUAAUGGGGGAUCAGUUUCACCAAAGUAUGCUGAAGAGAUUAUGUGGGAAGCGGUGCAAGAAACCUGCGGCAGUGGGUUGCAGAGAUGCACAGGAAUAGUUGCAGAUAGGUAUAAAGCCAAGGCAUUGAGAAAUUUGGAGAUUCAAUAUCCAUGGAUGGUGAACCUCUCUUGUCAGGUUCAGGAGUUUGCCAGUCUGAUCAAGGAUUUUGCCAAGGACCUUCAACUUUUCAGGUCUGUCACUGAAAACUGCUUGAAGGUUGCCAUUUUUGUAAACAAUCAAUCUCAAGUUAGGAGUAGGUUCCAAAAGUACAGGAUGCAGGAACUUGAUUAUUCCGGGUUGCUACGAGUUCCUUCAAGCAAGUGUGAUUGUCAGAAGGAUUCCGUGGCUGUUUCUGUGAUGUUAGAGGACAUUCUAACAUGUGCCCGUGUUCUCCAGAUGGUUUUCUUAGAUGAAUCGUACAAGGCAUUGCUCGUAGAGGAUGCCGUUGCUAGGGAAAUUGCUGGGAUGAUUCAAAGUGAACGGUUUUGGAAUGAAUUAGAAGCGGUUUAUUCACUGGUGAAGCUUGUCAGAGGGAUGGUUCAAGAGAUCGAGGCUGAAAAACCACUCGUCGGACAAUGCCUCCCACUUUGGGAGGAAGUGAAAGUGAAACUGAGGGAUUGGUGUGCUAGAUUCGAUGUAACUUAUGGCCAAGUUGAAAAAAUAGUUGAAAAGAGGUUCAAGAAGAGCUACCACCCGGCAUGGUCUGCAGCAUUUAUUCUUGAUCCUGUUUAUUUGAGGAAGGAUGCAAGUGGAAAGUACCUCCCUCCAUUCAAGUGUUUGACUCAUGAGCAGGAGAAGGAUGUCGAUAUGGUCAUUACCCGUCUGGUUUCAAGGGAAGAAGCUCACGUUGCUUUAAUGGAGCUUAUGAAAUGGCGUUCAGAAGGGUUAGACCCGCUUUAUGCGCAGGCUGUUCAGGUUAAGCAGCGGGACCCAUUGACAGGGAAGAUGAGACUUGCAAAUCCUCAGAGCAGCAGAUUAGUGUGGGAGACCUGCUUGAGCGAGCACAAGACAUUACGCAAAGUUGCAGUUAGGCUAAUUUUCCUCCACGCUACAUCCUGUGGUUUAAAUUGGUCUUGCAUGAAACUGUUCUCUGUCAAUGGAAACUCAAAGAUUGGCAUUGAACAGGCUCAGAAGAUGAUGUUCAUUGCAGCUCAUGCGAAGCAUGAAAAAUGGGAUUUACCAGACGAGGAAGAAAAAGACAGGGAGCUCUUCCGCUGUGAGGAUGAUAUGCUGAAUGGAGUCUUUGACGAUGCACCAUCAGUGGUCCCUAAACUGAAGGCUUCUGAGAGUAGUCAGUUUUGAUGGAUGGAACAGCAUCUAUGGGGCGAAAAAAUUGCCAGUCUAGUCUUAAUACAAGUUAAUCCCAAUUCCUAAAUAUUUGUAUGUAAAAUGCCAUCUGAAGUGUUUCUCCAGAAAGUGAAUUUCAAGCACAGCUAUGAUGCCUAUUUAACAAGGCUGCUAACUACAUCUGGAAACCCUUUCGAAAUUUUGCUUAACAUAUGAAAUGUUUGCCACUAGCAACAAUCACUACUUCACUGUUAAUCCUGAAAUCUAAACAUACUAGUGUCUAGUAUCCAUACUGCUGGUUAAUGGUGGCUUAGGAUGGGUGGAUGAUGAAUCAGCCUUGAGUGGUCUGUCCAACUGGGUCAACCUUUAGGGCACUCAGGACUGAAUAUUUGUUUCUGAAGGAGAACACACCUCAUUGAUGUCAAAGAAAAGUCGGGGAUAAGGUCAAUUUGGUGGAGGCACGUUAUCUGUCGGCAAGGCUGACUGCUCACCAACUAGAAAGGAAAGCUUUUCACUCAUAUGGUCUUGAUUGUUUAUUGGAUCCAAAGACCGUCCAUGUUAGAUACGUGGAACAUGAUGAUAUUGAAAUUUGAAUUGGCAUUAUUCGUUCCUCGUGGCCCUUCUAUCGCAUUGUUUCAUCCCAUUUUUGCUGUGGCUGGCUUGCUAUUAUGAGAGGGGCAUACAUCUUUAUAUCAAUUCAAAAGGACAACUUUGCUGGUGUAUUUGAAUUAUUUGGCUGGCCAGUAGUCCACAAUUUGUUUCAGCAUUUUGACUUGAAGGGUUUAAAGUGUUAAACAAAAAGCAAUUCUCAGGGUUGGUUGCUGCCAGAAUGGAGGUAAUUUUCAUGGCUAAGAAGUGAUGAUUACUUCUCUGCUCUCCCCCCUCUGAAAAUCUGUUUCCAGCUUUGAACAUGAGAAUUUUGCACCGAUUUAGGGUUGAUGAUGUAUGGUUUCUGGAGAUGUGGUUUAAGAUGCUGGGGGAGAAAAGAACAAUCGUUACCAAGCAAUCAAGGGUUAGGUGUAGACAGGACCCAUUUCUUUGUUAAACAUUUUGCUUUAAUUAUUGCCUUCUCUGCUAUCUGCAGACAGUUGGAAUUGGGUAAAGUUCUGUAUCCAGGGAGGCCACUUUUUUCUCAAUCAUAGAUUAGGGUUCUUUUCCUGAACUGUAAUAAUUCAGCUGAGUUCCUCCCUUUUUUUCUCUCACAUUUAUCUACAGUGUACAACCAUAGUUGAGAUGAGACCCUGGAUCGACGAGCUUCUACUGUAGCACAUCACAGUAUGGCUAUGAUCCAACCCGAAGGUGUUGGAUUCGAGUCUCGUGAACUCCCUGCCGACAGAAAAGAUGAGCUCAAAUGUUCCCAUUGACUGUUGCAGGGGGGGGGGGGGCAAUCUUAGACAACUACAGAUUUGUUCACUGGAGAAGGAAGAGCCUGGAUGGUGAGGUAAAUUUUUUUUCAAAUAAAUGAUCAUGUUCUGUUGAUGUUAGGAAUUUCACGUACCAAUGCUACCCAGAUCAGAUAAAACAAAACCAGACAGUGAAUUGCGAUAAGGCAGUUGAUUCAUUAGGAAAAAGCUUUGUUCGAGCCUUACAGAAUGAUGAUGUGGCGGGGCCGAAAUUCUGUAGCCAACCAUCAUUGCUUUUGCUAAUUCCGGAAGCUUUCUGUUUUUCUUAGACAUAGUACUCUCAAAAUAAUAGUUAGGCCCUAUAAUUUUCAUUACCCAAAAAACAUUCUUACUCCUCCUGGCUCCUACCACUACUUGUGCCAUUAGUCGAUGAAUUCAAUUGAUUAAGGUGUUGUUUGUAUGCUGCCGCGAUGGUUUCAUGAUCAAAUUUGAGUUGGAAUGAGAUAGAUUAUUGUAGUAGUAGUAGUAGCCGUAUAAAUUUCGAAUUC